AUAACGUCUUCUUGCGGCGCCAGGAGGACGAUAAAGGGGAUGAAAAUAAAGCCCGAGGGAACUGGUCUAGCAAGAUGGACUUCAUCCUCUCCAUGGUGGGUUAUGCAGUGGGGCUGGGCAAUGUCUGGAGGUUCCCGUACCUGGCCUUUAAGAAUGGGGGAGGUGCAUUUCUCAUCCCCUACUUGAUGAUGCUGGCACUAGCUGGAAUACCCAUUUUCUUCCUGGAAGUUUCACUGGGGCAGUUUGCUAGUCAGGGACCUGUGUCUGUCUGGAAAGCUAUCCCAGCCUUACAAGGCUGUGGCAUUGCUAUGCUGAUCAUCUCUGUUCUAAUAGCCAUAUACUAUAAUAUUAUUAUGUGCUACACACUUUUCUACCUUUUUGCAUCCUUUGUACGUGUAUUACCCUGGGCUUCCUGCACCAAUCCUUGGAAUACACCGGACUGCAAAGAUAAAAGAAAACUUUUAUUAGAUUCGUGCAUCAUUGAUGACCACCCAAAUAUACAGAUCAAGAACUCUACUUUCUGUAUGAGUGCCUAUCCAAACUUGACUAUGGUUAACUUCACCAGCCAAGGAAACAAGACUUUUGUCAGUGGAAGUGAAGAGUACUUCAAGUACUUUGUAUUGAAGAUUUCUGCAGGGAUUGAAUAUCCUGGUGAAAUCAGGUGGCCCUUGGCACUUGCUCUCUUUCUGGCUUGGGCGAUUGUGUACGCAUCUCUGGCUAAAGGAAUCAAGACAUCAGGAAAAGUCGUGUAUUUUACUGCUACAUUCCCUUAUGUAGUGCUCAUCAUCCUGCUUAUCAGAGGAGUAACCUUGCCAGGAGCUGGGGCUGGAAUCUGGUAUUUCAUCACGCCUAAGUGGGAGAAACUAAUUGAUGCUAUGGUGUGGAAAGACGCUGCCACUCAAAUUUUCUUCUCAUUAUCUGCUGCGUGGGGAGGUCUAAUUACUCUCUCUUCAUAUAACAAAUUCCAUAAUAAUUGCUACAGGGACACAUUGAUAGUCACAUGCACCAACAGCGCCACAAGUAUAUUUGCAGGCUUUGUCAUCUUUUCAGUUAUUGGCUUCAUGGCAAAUGAACUCAAAGUAGAUAUUGAAGAUGUGGCAGACCAAGGUCCUGGCAUUGCCUUUGUGGUUUAUCCUGAAGCCUUAACCAGGCUUCCUCUCUCUCCGUUCUGGGCUAUAAUAUUCUUUUUGAUGCUUCUAACUCUUGGAUUGGACACUAUGUUUGCCACUAUUGAGACGAUUGUGACCUCCGUUUCAGAUGAGUUUCCCAAGUACUUGCGUACCCACAAACCACUGUUCACUCUUGUUUGCUGCAUUUCCUUUUUCAUCAUGGGAUUUCCUAUGAUCACUCAGGGUGGACUGUACAUGUUACAGCUUGUGGACACUUACGCAGCGUCUUACUCUCUUGUCAUCAUUGCCAUCUUUGAGCUUGUUGGGAUUUCAUAUAUAUAUGGCUUGCAAAGAUUUUGUGAAGAUAUAGAGAUGAUGAUUGGAUUCCAGCCAAGUAAAUUCUGGAGAAUCUGUUGGGCAUUUGUGACCCCAACUAUUUUAACUUUUAUUCUUUGCUUCAGUUUUUACCAAUGGGAACCAAUGACCUAUGGAGCUUACCAUUAUCCAGGCUGGUCGAUGGUCCUUGGGUGGCUGAUGCUGGCCUGCUCUGUUAUUUGGAUCCCUAUUAUGUUUGUGAUAAAAAUGCACCUAGCCCCUGGCAAGUUUAUUGAGAGGCUCAAGCUGGUCUGCUCUCCACAGCCUGACUGGGGCCCAUUUUUGGCUAAACACCGUGGUGAACGUUACAAGAAUAUGAUUGAUCCACUGGGAACUUCCUCCCUUGGACUUAAACUGCCAGUGAAAGAUUUAGAAUUGGGAACCCAAUGCUAGUAAUUUCUAUACUGAUGGCAAUAAUGUAUACAGCCUUUUUUAAUUUUUCUUUUAUUAGUUUGUCUCCUUUGUUCUUUUUCACAGAUGCUAAAAGUGGUUGCUUAGAAAGUAGGACUUAUUGUUGCAUGCUGUAGUGAAGAACUAGACGGCCACUUUAAGUACUGUUUUUUGUUGUUGUUUGUUUUGCUUUUCUUUUAGUGGUGCCCAUGACCUAUUAUUUCCACUGUGAAAUAGUAACAUGACAUUGUGCAACUGGUCAAACCUCUUUUUAAAAAAAAAAAAAAAAAAAAAAAGGGUCAUGCACAGCCCAACAGAAAUGACUGUUGAGUUUAACCAUUUAGAUAGGGAAAUGGUUUCUGCCCAUUUAGGGCCAAUUCUACUCUCUUGCAACCCCUUUGACAUGGGACUGAGAAUUCCUUACUAGUGUAACUGAAAGGAGAGUUUGACCAUUGGGAUGGCAUGGGAAGGACUGAGUGGAUAGUGUGGCCCAUUUGGCCAGAUUCUGACCUCUGUAAUAUUGAUGUAAAUCCAGAGUGACACCACUAGCCCUGAUGGAGUCACUCUACAUUUACCCUGAUAGCAGAAUGUGGCCUGCAGAGUCUGCAAACAAUCCUUCUAUUAAAUAAGUACUGAUUAUACCAAAGCUUAUUUCAAGGCUUUCUGACUCAAUCAAGGAGCUAACCUUUAAACACCAAGCACUGGUAUCAGAUGCAUGACAUCAAAACAGGAAGAGCUUAACGAGCCAUUCAACACUUUUGAGGAGAAAAAUAAAAGCACCUACAAAAUGUAUUUGAGAUCAGGACUAAUGUUGUAUUUGAGUCUGAAAGUUGGUUUGAAAUAGAGCCAUGAUGAGGCAGAUGGGCACCACUAUUUUAAUUUAUUUCAUGCAUUCUCAUUAAUAAUUUGAUAUGUCUUUUUCAUUAAAAAUGCCUCAGUUACACUGAGUAUCUAAACUUCACUGGCAAACUGCACACAUAAGUACAAACCCAGUUUUAUUCACUCCAUCCGAGUAUUCUGAACGUGUUUUCUUUGCUAUCUUCACUUUUGUUUAAAAUCUCCCGUAAAGAAGCCAUCAUAUAAUUUGUGCCUAAUUUUAUAUUCUUACAGUAGUAGAUGUAUUCUAGUUUCCACAUGACAACAGUUAUUAGAAUGUAGGUGUGCUGUUCAACUUUGUGAUUCCCCUAUUUGUUCUCUUAUAAACUUCUUUAUAUAACCUGUAGCUAUAUUCUUCUCUUUCAGCCAAAGGGGAAAAUAACUGAACCCCUA